AUGUUAUUAUCUACGUUUGAAACAUUGCCUGAUGAAAUAUUAAUGAUUAUAAUACGAUAUUGUGGUAAUAUUUAUAGAAUAUUUCGAACUUUUUCUGGUUUAAAUCAACGUAUAAAUAAUAUUCUUAUUGAUAAACGUUUACAUUUGCUAACGGAUUUUUUGUUUAUGGACAUUGAUGAUGUAAAUAUUGAUUACUAUUAUCAAUCAAAAGAAUUUUAUGACGUAUCUCAACAGUUAUUAUCUCUAAAAAUAACAGAAAACGAUGAACAACUUCGACAAUGUUUUCAAUCAUUAGUUACUUUUCAUAUCACAUAUAAAUAUCAGCAAUCUAUUGAUUUAUUAGAAUCAAAUAUAAAAUAUUUUCAAUCUGUACGCAUGCAUCUUACGCAUGAUGCAAUUUAUAAUUUAGAUAAUGAAUUACAGAAAAUAUUUUUGGAUUUACAAACAUGUUCAAAACCUAUGAAAAAUUUUAAACAAAUUGAAUUUUUAAUUUUAAUCAAAGGUGCUAAACUUGAAUGUCUUGAUAGUGAAUGUUUAAAAUUUAAUUUUGUUCAGGCCGUCAAUCAUUUAUUACUUGCAAAUAUUACCAAUGUUCAAUUUGUCUCUCAACAAUAUAUGAGUUCUCUCGUACAAAUGUUUAAAGUACUCAUAAUUUCAAAUCCGACACUUUUAUAUAAUCAAAUUAAUAUUAACCAUAGUGAUUAUUUAGUUUAUUACUUUUUAUUUUAUUCUAUAUAUCGAUUAAAAUACUAUAAUAAUCAUACAUCAUCUAGCUCUCUUAAUAUUCAAUAUUAUAGAGCUGCUGUAGAUUUACUGCUUUUUACUUUACAAUGUUUGAAAUAUGUAUCAAUUGAAAAGUUUUGGAGAAAUCAAAAUUUUUUACAUUUAUUACAAAUGAUUUCAUCUAUUCAACUUAAUAUUGAUCAUGAAAUAUUUGUUUAUACAAGUCAAAUUGAAAUAUUAAAAAUUCUACUUAAUGAAAAUAUUUUCGAUGAAACAAUCUAUUGGAAUAUUGAAUAUUGUAAAACAUUUCAACAACCUUUACAAAAUUUAAUUAUAAAUAAUCGUCUCGAUAUAAUUUUAUUCAUUUUUAAUUAUAAUGACAAAAUAAAAAAUUUUUUUCAACAAUCAUGGAAUAGUGAAAUAAUUGUUGAUAUUAUAAUGGAAAAUCAAAAGAGAAAACAAUUAUUUCAUGCAAUUCUAGAUAAUAAAUCAUUGGGACUAUGGUUAGCAACAAGUACAGAUCUAGUAUUUGUUCUAUUACAAAGAAAACAAUAUGCAUUUUUAAAGAAAUUAUUCCAUCAAUCACCAUUACUUAUUCAUCGCUUAGAUGAAGAUGGCAAUGAUCCAUUACUUUACGCUUGUCUUAAAGCACGUGGAUGUCGACAUCGUAUAGUGGAGUAUUUAAUCGAAAUGGGAUGUGAUGUACAAAGAAAAAAUUUGCAAGAUGAAACUUUUAGUGAUGCAUUACAGUUGAAAGGAAAUAGAAAUUUACUAGAGAAAUUAAUUGAACAUGAAAUUAUUCAGAUUGAUCACAAAUCUAAUAAGAUAAAAGUUUAUUUAGUUAAACAAUCACAAUGA